AACAGAUCUUCCGCCAAACCAUGGCUAUGGAAGAUUCCAAAGCAAUGCCGAAUGGUGGUCGCGUGCAGAUAAGUGCCUCUAAGUGCCGUCCUGGUGUUCUCGACCUCUUUGAUGCCGCCAAACGAGAAAAUAGACCACUCCAUGUGGCAGCACCCAUGGUCCGCUAUUCAAAACUCCCUUUCCGUCUCCUGAUCAGAGACUAUGGCGUCGACGUCACAUAUACCCCGAUGAUGCUCGCGCACGAGUUCGUUCGCUCCCACAUGUCACGGGAUUCCGACUUCACGACACAUCUUCUCGAGCAGAAGCCGACAGCAGACGGCAGGGGUCACGUAGUCAUCGCUCAAUUCGCAUCAUCAGAUGCCACAGAGUUUGCCCGCGCUGCGGAAAUGAUCACGCCGUUCUGCAGCGGCGUCGACCUUAAUUGCGGUUGUCCACAAUCCUGGGCGAUCAAGGAAGGCAUCGGCUGUUCCCUGAUGAGCCAACCAGACUUGGUAGCAAGCAUGGUGACCGCCGCCAAAGCGAGGAUCGCACCCAGCAAGAGCGUCAGCGUGAAGAUCCGCAUCCACAAAGAUAUCAAUGAGACGAUCCGCUGGGUACAAAUCGUCCAACGCGCUGGACUUGACUACAUCACCGUCCACGGCCGUCUCCGGAGCCAACGCUCCAGUACUCCGCCCAACUACGACGCCAUUCGCGCCCUCCGUCCCCAUAUCACAAUCCCUAUGCUUGCCAACGGCGACGCCUACACCUAUACAGACGUGCUUAAGAUCGCGAGUCUGACCGAAGCCGACGGCGUCAUGGCAGCGCGCGGACUCCUCGAGAACCCGGCUCUGUUCGCCCAGCAUACCGAGGUGCCGGUGAUAUGUGUCAAGGAUUUCCUCGCGUGGGCGGUGCGCUGUCCGAUCCCGUUUGCUUUGGUGCUGCACCAUGUGACGGAGAUGACGGCGCGAAUGCCCGGGAUGACGAAACGUGAGCGCAGGGCAAUGAUGCAGUGUGCGGAUCUGUUGGAUUUACUGGAUUUCGUCGGGGCCCGGUGGCCGUGAUCGUGUAUAGUUCAAAUGAGACGAUGCUGAAGAUUGAUGAAGAUCUGCUUGAUGAAGAGGGCGCCUGGGUCGCCCAUUGACGUCGGAUACAGCAUGGUUUUUAUGGAAUCAAGCUCCAGAAUUGUGAAACAGCGGGAAAUCAUGAAUUUCGGAAUAAUGCUCGCCAAAUAUAUAGAAAGGGAAAUCUAUGUUCACUCUGUCAUG